UUAAUGUUCUGUAUAAUAGAUACAUAUAUGAUAGAAUUUAAAAAAAAUUAACCAUCUGCGGUUAAUUAUAUGGAACCCUGGAGCUUCUUGCAAAAGCUGGAGCAGAGGAGAUGUGAUUAUAACCCAGUAAGCAAAAUGUUAGCAGUCUGCCAGCAGUAUGCGAGCAGAUUCAAACAGACUAUUGUGGCAGAUUGGCAUCAACUGCGUCCGCAUUAAGCUUGGGUUUUGCUAGCAGAAUCUGUCAGCAUAAACCGACAGCAGAUUGACAGCGGAAAUCGAGCAAAAUCUGCGCAUGCAACCUGCUGACAAAUUGACAGCAGAAACUUCACAAAAUUUGCGCUUACUUUUAUUAAUGUUAUAUAAAUGCAACAAAAUGGAUUAUUACAGGUGCUAAAUAACAAUACUAUCGGCAACCCUAACAGCACAUGAUAUCCUGCGUAUUAUCCCAUUUUCAUACUCAUUAUACUAUGAUCAUCCGUAAGAUACUGAGAACAACUCUAUAAUAUCUCUUAUAGUAUGAUUCGGUUUUCUAUCGCGUGCGUACAAUCUCAGAAUUUACUCAAAGAUACGGUAAAGAUACGUACGCUUUUCUAUCGCGGGCGUAUAAUCUCAGGUUUGACGCCAAAUAUGGAAACGGUACAUACGUUCAACGCCAUCUGCAUAUGUUCCUGUUCCGGUCUCUUCCCGCUUGCUCGAUGGAAUAAGGGAUUUCAACUUAGUGAAAUCGAAGCAGCGUUCUUCGCAGUAUUCUUCGCAGUGUUCUCUUCGCAGAGUUCUUCGCAGUAUUCUUCGCAGUGUUCUCUCUUCGCAGAGUUCUUCGCAGUAUUCUUCGCAGUGUUCUCUCUUCGCAGAGUUCUUCGCAGUAUUCUUCGCAGUGUUCUCUCUUCGCAGAAUUCUUCGCAGGAUUCUUCGCAUGUUCUAUACAGUGUUCUUCGCAGAGUUCUUCGCAGAGUUCUUCGCAGAGUUCUUCGCAGAGUUCUUCGUAGGGUUCUUUGCAAGGUUCUUCACAGAAUUCAUCACUGAGUUCUUCGCAAGGUUCUGCAAGGAUCUUCAACAGAACGGCUCGCAGCGUUCUUCGCAGUGUUCUUCGCGGAGUUCUUCACAGGGUUCUUCGCAGUGUUCUAUGCAGUGUUCUUCACAGAGUUUUUUGCAAGACUCUUCACAGUAUUCUCCACAAAGUUCUUCACAGAGUUCAUCACAGAGUUUUUCGCAGGGUUCUGCAAGAGUCUUCAACAGAACAAAAUGGACAAUAAAAAGAAAUAUGCUAUUGUUGAGUUCAAAGAUGGUCUGCAAAUCGUACCCGCUACUUGGUUAAGUAGUGAUUUACAAAAAUCAAAAUGGCCCAGACAUUAUAUCAGUAACGACAGAUAUGACAAAGCGGUUAAAUUGAUGGAAGUACCUGAUUGUACAUGGGAGGAGCAUACUGUCCUGAAAAUAUAUGCGACAUCUUCAAACUAUGCUGUGGCUCGACAAAAAUUGAAAUUAGCUGAAGAAAUGUCCGACAUCAAUUCUUGUACCGACGAGGAUAGACAGAAACUUUGUAAAAAAUCCCGCAAAAUUAGAGUGGCUAAGAUGCAUGAUUCCAGUUCAUAUGAGUAUACUAACGAUGAAAGCGAUUCUGAGCAAGCCAUUCUCUCAGACCUUCCCAAACCUCCAAUCAAAAACGUCUAUAAGGAGACGUCCACAAAAACAACUCGAGUAUGUAAAAAUAAUACAAUAAAGUAUUCUAAAAUUGCCGACACAAAACUGGAACAAAAAAGUACUGCAUCUUACAAUUUUAACAACAUUGAAGAAGUUGAUUUUCCUUCACAAAGCAGUUCCGCAAUUUCGGAGUAUUCUGAUUAUGAAAAUGUAGUCCGACGCAGUCCAAAUUUGGAUUUAAAUUCCAGCCAAGAUUCACAGUGUAUUGUUAAUGUAAAUCCUGAACCUGAACGACGGCACGAUAUAAAUAAAUGUGUAUUCCCACGUUGUGAUAAUCAUGAGUCUGAACGACGGCACGCGCGCGGCGAUGUAAAGAAAUGUGUAAUUCCGCGUUGUGAUACAAGUCUUCCAAGUUUGAAUUUAAAUUCUAAGCGAGUUUCAGGACAGUGCGCGGAAACUUCGAUAGACAUUACUGAACGUCUUCAUGAUGAAAAUGUCCCCCCCAACAGACAUAUGUUAAAUACUUCGAUAGACAUCACUGAACGUCUUCAUAAUGAAAAUGUCCUGCCCAACAGACAUAUGUCAAAUUAUACUGAGGGAUUUGAUUUUGAACGCUACGUAAUUAAAAAAUUCCAACAUCUGGAAUUAAAAAUGAGCAAUAACCUGAAACUAACCCAAAAAAUUUUAGAAAAGGUUUCUAAUACCGCACAGAUUGCAGAAGAAGCACAGGAAAAAAUUGAUAUUUUUCAACAUUUAUCACUAAGAGACGAAAAUGAUUUAGAAAUUAUGGAACGAAAAUUGGCGAAUGACAUUGUAUACCGAAAUGAAAUGAUCAAACAGUUAACACGAUUGACAGCGCGGGAUAUUAAAAAUUCAUAUUUAAAUUUAUUGAGACAAAUAGUCUCAAACAAAGUUGCUGUAUUAUAUAGUUGGCAUGGUGCCAAAAAAAAAAGAAUUUUUUAAAACAAGUUCUAAUCAUCAAAAAAAAUCCUCCGGAAGAACUAGAAGAGCCCUCUGACUGAAUGUGAUAAUUAUCUUGUCAACGUAUUUAAAUAAGACACGUUAGCGCAAGAGCCAAAGAUUACAAUUAAGAAUUUUGCUUUUUUCAAAUUUUGUUCGAGUUAUAAUGAAAAUCUUUAUUUUGAGAGAGUUUACGAUAUAUAGAGAAUUUACUUUUUCUUUUAUUUAUAAAUGUU